GUUAGAAGAAAACGCCACGAACUGACGAUGAGAAACACUAUGGCUCCAGCUGUGCUCUUGACACUUAGCUUCCUUUUAACAUAUCUUCUCUUUGCCGCCAUUAAAUCACGACGGAGGUCAUCAGGCCCACUGCGUCUGGUACCUUCAGGACUUCCCGGACCGCCCAGACUUUUGGGAUGGCCCAUCAUCGGACUUCUUCAUAUCAUCGGAAAAGCUCCUCACCGUUCACUUGCUACCCUCUCAAACUUUUAUGGACCAGUCAUGAGUCUUAGACUUGGAAGUUUAACCACCGUGGUCAUUUCUUCACCAGAGGCAGCACGAGAGGUUUUGAAAACGCUUGACCAUGUCUUCUCUGCACAAGUCUUCAAUGAGACCGUUAGAACCAUCAGUCACCAGGAAGAUGUCUCCCUUCCACGGCUACCUUCCACAUCGCCUCAUUGGAGGUUAUGGAGGAAGAUAUUAGAGACUAAGCUGUUCUCAAGGAAGUGUCUACACGCCACGAAGACCAUACGGUCGAAGAAAGUGAAAGAGCUUGUAACAUUCAUUAUUGAAAGCAGCGAGAGAGCAGAAGCUGUCGAGAUAGCUCGUGCUUGCUUCGUCACAUCGCUUAAUGUUAUCUCAAACGUUGUGUUUUCGACCGACUUAGGUAGUUACGACCAGAUGGCCUCAUCGGAACUCCGAGACUCGUUGUUUCGUGUAAUGGAAAUCAUGGGGAAACCGAACCUCGCAAACUAUUUGCCGUCUAUUGAAUAUCUUGAUCUACAAGGUAUCAAGGAAGAGACGAAGGUAUGUUCGGAGAGAUUACUUAGUGUUUUCCAAGGGCUCAUUGAUGCUCGGAUUGCAGAAAGAUCAUUGCGGACUGGACCUAGAGAUGAACGUAACAGCGAUCUUUUGGAUUCCCUUGUCGAUUUUAUUCAAGAUGACGGAUUGGAAGUCGACAUGAACGAUAUCAAACACUUUCUAUACGACUUAUUUAUUGCGGGGACGGAAACGAACUCUACCACAGUAGAAUGGGCAAUGGUUGAGCUAUUACGUAAUCCAGAGGCUAUGGCCAACGCUAAAGUCGAGAUCAACUUUAUCGUUGGCCCAAACCGUUACGUUAGUGACUCUGAUCUCCUACAGUUUCCUUACUUACAAGCUGUUGUAGCAGAGACUCUGCGCUUGCACCCACCGAAUCCAUUUCUGAUCCCACGCAAAGCUGAGUCAGACAUAGAGGUUUUAGGGUUCCUAGUCCCUGAGAAUGCUCAGAUUCUGGUGAACGCUUGGGCUAUAGGACGAGACCAAAACGUUUGGGAAAACGCAGGACGGUUCAAGCCAGAGAGGUUCUUGGGACGAGACCUUGGGUCGGUAGGUAAAGAUUUUGAGAUGAUACCGUUUGGAGCUGGACGAAGGAUGUGCCCUGGAAUAUUAUUGGCGUUGAGGCUUGUGCCUCACAUGCUUGCUUCACUUAUCUAUUCGUUUGAAUGGACUCUUGAAAACGGCAAAGACUACGCGGCUCCUGCAGAUUUGGACAUGGACGAGACUUUUGGUCUUACCUUGCACAAGGCCAACCCACUUUACUCUGACUACGUCAAUAAAAACUACGACUAUUUAUAUUAA